UAUAAACUGACUUUUUCUUUUGCGAACCAAAACAUCUUCAAAGAGUUGUGAGUUAAAAACGGUUCCUAAAUUAAAACACUCUUCCCACGUCUUGUCCAUUCUAGUCAUGGGACUGCAGGUCACUUGACAGCACGUCCAACCGAACUCAACGUCUUCCAUUAGGAGAGACAUGACAUGAUUUAAUAAACCUGCCCUCUUCUACCUCAGCUCAAACCACAUGUCUUGACUUCAGUUUGUAUAAGAAAACAUGAAAAACGUGAACACAGAAGGGCCCAAUCUGUAGAGAUUUAUAACUAACCUAGACAAAGCCUCUAUUGAUAAUAUGAAUGGGGCUUUUCUCUGCAGGACGGUGAGCCUGGGCAGCGCAGCUCCGUCAAACCACAGCCGUCACCGGGCAGCUAACAGCCUAAUUGAAUCAUAAGAGUUUGGGUGUGGAGAUUCCUGGGGUUAAUUAACAGAAUAUCAAGAGAGACCAGAAAAUAUUUCCCUUCAGAUUUCUGUAGCUCGACUGGCUGACUUUACAGACUUUGGCGGGACUGUUGUGCUUGAAGUCGAAGGCAGCUGGUUUGUUCGAGAGAACAGCAAGGAAGACACGAAGUUUAGAGCUGAGGAGUCGAGCUGUGAGAACAGUUUUCUUCCUGUGAGACGCAAACAGUCAGUAAUGUCGAAGCUGGUUUGCUUUCUGCCUCUGCUUUGUUUACUUCCAGCUGUGGUUCCCCUCUUCUGUUACACGUGUGUGUUUCCUGCCAUCUCACCUCUGGACUGUAUCAGGUUCCCUCUGAAGUGUCCACCCGGGCAGGUGUGUCUGUCCAGCAGAGCUGUGGGCGAGAAAGGAGACUUUCGUGUGGUGUUGUAUGAGAAGAGCUGCAUCUUGCCCGCCUUGUGUGGAAUCACGGGUGAAAAGUACACCAUGGGACUCAACUUCACCUUCACCAACGAGUGCUGCAACACACACCUGUGCAACGCUGCAGCAGCACACGGCGCCCCCUACUGGACUGGCACAUUACUCACACUACUUAUAUCAUCCUCAGUUUGCUGAAUAGAGAAAUAUGAAAGCAGUGUGCAAAGGGUUUGACACUCAUCAAUGGCCUGACAUCGUACUCAACUUCCUCUUAGCAAAUGUGCAUUAACCUGUGCUUUGUUGUGACCUGAGAUGAAAAAAAAAGAAAAAAAAGGAUUUUUUCUUUCUUCUUAAUGCUAACUUGCAGAGCUGUUUUUGAAGGGGAGAGCAAGGAUGAGUGUUUUAAUUAUGUUCCCACGAUUUAGUUGGAACUAUUCAAACUAUUUCCAAUUUGUCUCGGAGGGCUUUACAACUCGUUUGGAAAUAUGCACACAAAAAGGAAGAAAAAAAAGAAAACUCCAACAAGAAGGUGCACAUACAGAGCAGGUAUAGCAGAAUUCAUUUUAAACCAGCAGAAUUAGAGUAAAAUGUGAGUUUGAUGAAUGAAACCAAAUGCUGGUUUACCUCAUACAUGUGACCAAAGUAAACACAACAUAACUUCUGACUAUAUAAGUUGCAUACAUGCCUCUUUGUUGUCAAUUAUAUUUACCUGUUGACAGAAUUGUUUAAGAAAUAGUGUUUGGACCUAAUGUUUGAGCAUAUGAAAUUUUUUUGGUAUAUUUUGUACUCUUAUGCUUGUGUUAAAAGUC